AUUAUUAUUUACAGGUAAAUAGUGAUUUUAAAAGUGUUGAUCAACAGCGUCCUCUAUAUUUUCCGUUUUUUUUCACGUUCCUUUGGGUUGCAUCUGGACUAUAUGGUUUCUCUUCCGGUUUGUCAUAAUGGGUAUCGACAUUAACCACAAGCACGAUAGAAAGGUUCGACGAACGGAGCCGAAAUCACAAGAUGUUUAUUUACGACUUCUUGUAAAACUGUAUCGAUUUUUGGCACGUAGAACCAAUGCAAAAUUCAACCAAAUAAUUCUGAAACGUCUAUUUAUGAGCAAGAUUCAUCGUCCUCCAAUUUCUUUAGCCCGUAUAGUCCGAUUUAUGAAGAAGACUGGCCGUGAAAACUCCAUUGCAGUAGUCGUUGGAACUGUUACAGAUGAUGCGAGAAUUUUUGAAGUUCCAAAAUUAACGGUUUGUGCACUACGUAUUACUGAAAAGGCUAGAGGCCGUAUCUUGAAGGCUGGUGGUGAAAUCAUUACUUUUGAUCAACUGGCUCUUCGUUCUCCCACUGGAAAGAAAACAGUUUUGAUGCAAGGUCGACGUAAUGCACGCGAAGCUGUGAAACACUUUGGUCCAGCACCAGGUGUUCCACACUCGCAUACCAAACCUUUGGUACUUUCAAAAGGAAGGAAGUUCGAGAGAGCUAGAGGCCGUAGACGUAGCUGCGGUUAUAAGAAAUAAAUUCUUAAUUAAUAUAUUCGAAAUUGCACGUUUACUUACUGGGUAUUUAGUAUUUGUGUAUUUGCUGAAGAUCAAACGAAAUACAGUUGCCUUGUUUCUGGCAUUCGGUGGAGUCCAUGCAACGGGAAACGAUUCAUUUUCCAUUUCAGAUGAUAUUAAUGCUGGUCGAUGUCGUCCACAAUAGCUAUUAAAGAAAUAAUUUUAUUGUCAAAAAUAUAUAAAGUUAUUUGUAAAAUGUACUCUUUCCUCUCGAGGUAACUAAAAUAGUUUUAAUAAGGCACCUUUAUCUUUACGAGCCUAUAUCUGAAUAAAUCUAUGCAAGAUCCUUUUA